AUGUCGCAGCGCGUCGACAAAACCGGCGAAAGGACUCUUGCGGUCGUCACCAAAGUGGACAAGUCGCCGGAAGGCCUGCUAGAGAAAGUCACUUCCGAUGACGUGAACAUUGGACUCGGUUAUGUUUGUGUUAGAAAUCGAGUCGGGGACGGGGAAUCAUAUGCAGAGGCGAGGAUGACAGAGGCAGAGCUUUUCAGAAGCCAUCCUCUUUUGUCGAAGAUCGAUAAGUCGAUCGUCGGCGUUCCUGUGUUGGCACAAAGGCUGACGCAGAUUCAAGCUUCGAUACUUGCGAAGUGCUUGCCGGACAUCGUCACAAAGGUGAACGAGAAGCUUAACCAGAACAUGGCGGAGCUGAACGAGCUCCCCAAAUGCUUGAGUACAGUCUCCGAUGCAAUGGCGGCGUUCAUGAAGAUAGUUGGUGCAUCGAAGGAGUCGCUUCGAAAGAUAAUUUUAAGAGGGGAGUAUGAGGAGUUUCCUGAUGAGGAGGACAUGCACUGUACGGGGCGGCUGGCCAAGAUGCUGGACGAAUAUGCAAAUGAUCUGCGCACCAACUAUGGCGAUGAAGGGCUGCUGCCAUCUAAUUUUCUGGUAGAGGAGAUGCGUGUGUUGGUGGAGUCGCAAGGAAUGUGUCUGCCCAACUUCCUCCCUCGAGUGGCCUUCCUCGGCUUGCUGCGCGAGAAAGUUAGGCGUGUCUCCAAUUCGCCGACCCAUUUCAUCAACAAGGUGUGGAGCUAUCUGGAAGCUGUGGUUCUUCGCGUGUUCAUGAUGCAUUCCGAAGCGUACCCUCAGCUGCAGAUCUCGGUGAAAAGGGCAGGACAUGCACUGUACAGACUUGUGGUAUGA